AUGGGGAACAAGAUAAGCUUAGAGGAAGAGCUUGUAAACUUGCGGAUUACGAGCAAGCAAAUGCAUCGGUCGUCCAAAAAAUGUGAGAAGAACGAAAAGGCAGCUUUGGAAAAGCUUAAAAAGGCGAUUCAACAAGGAAAUUCGGAAGGAGCUCGGAUUUACGGACAAGAUGCCAUUCGCGAAAAGAACCAAUCUCUAAAUCAUUUGCGGAUGGCAUCGCGCUUGGACGCUUGCUGUUCACGAAUCGAAACAGCAGUCCGUAUGAAUGCUGUUUCGGAUAGCAUGAAAGGCGUGGUGAAAGGGAUGGGCAGGUCCAUGGCGAGUAUGGAUAUUGAGAAACUCAGCUCCACGAUGGAUAAAUUUGAGCAGCAGUUUGAAGAUCUUGAUGUCAAGACGCAGUACAUGGAGGGUGCUAUGAAUGCUACUACAGCGACAUCGACACCUGCGGAACAAGUCGACGAACUUAUUGGGCGAGUGGCGGAUGAAAAUAAUCUCGAAUUGGGA